AUGCAACAGCAGGAAAGACCCCCACCGUCAAAGCUCUCCUUCAAGGGCUUCCUAUCAUUUCCGCAUCGGAUCUGCAAUCCACCCCCAUCUAUUGGCAAAGUGCGCUCGUGUGGUGUGACACCAUUCCUCGACGUUCGUCUUGACGAUGUACUCGAGCGCAAACACCUUCCGCCUCUCGGCCUCAAGGAUUUCGAAGAAUAUCUUCUCUAUGUCGAGCAAUCCCCAGAAAAUCUAUAUUUUUUGCUAUGGCUGAAGGAGUAUACCACGCGUUACCACAUCUGGUCCCAGCAUACCAAACCCGUAAUUGCCCCAGCCACUCUUGAGACUGCACCGGUCUUUCGCGCUCCACCAUCGUCGGACGCGUCACUUGCUCUUUUUUAUGCAAAAGCAAAGCAGACCUUCUUCACCCCUGGUGCCGAGUACGAACUUGAUGUCCCUUCAGAUAUUCUCGCCCCAUUCCAUUGUUCACAUCAGAACUCGCCAGUUCUCACCAAAGUUCGUGGGCCUAUAGCCAUUUCGAACUCACCAAACGCCCACCCAGAUCCUGCAGUAUUUAUAGAAGUGGCAUUGGAGGCGCGUGCUAUGCUUAAAGAGUCCCUUUCACGUUUUGUUCGCGCAGCUUCUACCAAUGUUGGCUCACGCAGAGCAGCUUGCGGUAUUGCAGCUGGGAUACUAUGUUUGUGCAUUGCUGGAAUUUUACCUCUUGCACUAACGUCUGGUGACUGGCUCGGUGCCCCUCAUGGACGGUGGUGGAGAUUAUCAGCUUUCCCCGGCAUAUGGCUUGGUCUCAUGUUGUUAUUCUCUAGUUUCAACGGUGUUUGUCUCAUGGUGUAUGUUUUUGGCGACCUGAGACAACUUCGAAAAUUCGAGCUGGCCAGGCCAGCUAUUUCAAGGCCGCUACCUGCUCCUGCGGUCACGUCGAUAUCUGCGCCACUCCCACACCCACCACCUCCUAGCCAGAGGCCUAGCAUCGUAAUAUCAAAACAUCACGAUAGGCAGUAUGAUCUAGAAUACUUCUCGUCCGCGUCCUUCCGGUCCGCACCAUAUACACUGUCUGUCGAAGAACGCUCGUUUUCACGAGCCUCGGACUCAUGCUCUGAUGCCGGACUGUCCGGAUCUUCAGAAGACGAAGACUUGUCUUCUUCAUUUGAAUCGCCGGAGAUUGAAAUUUCUCCCGCCUACUUCGAUGAUGUCCCUGCGCCAGAGGGUCCAGCCACAGCCACAGGCUUGCAUCGAUCUCAUUACCGUUCCGCGCAAUCAUCCAUCACUUUCCCGCCCAUCGUACAUACUCGUCAACGCACGAAUCCUGUUGCGUUUCCCUCACCCCUCGAACGCGCUUCUGGCGGGAAUUUCCGAAAUAGCUUUUCCGUCAAGCCGUAUAUCCGCGAGGAUUCUGGUUCCUUCGGUCCCAGCGCGGCGUUCAUUCGGCACGAGGUAGACCUCGAUGCGGAAGAUGAGCUAACAGAGCGCGUCCAGACGAGACGAGACGAGAAAGAGGCCUUUGAUUUUGAUCUUCUUCCAAAGUCCGUCAAAGGAAACGCGAUUAUUGCAGAUACCAUCCGCCUCACAAACAACGCUUCCCCACCCCCUGUCGCUAUCGCAGAUCAAAUUCCAACACUAUCUCUCCCAACUGAAAUCACCACUCCUUGUCCUUCAAACAAUCCCCUCGGUUCCGCUAUCGCACGGCAGCAGUAUAAAUGCAAGCGCACAUAUGCGCCCCCGUUAUCACUCGUCUCACAAACUUCUUCAGCUCAUUCGCCUAAUUCGAACCCGUCAUCUCCGACGCCAAGCUCUCCUCUUGUUUCUUUCAUGAUUCCCUCGUUCACCGCGGGUGUUCCCGCUUUCAAGGCACCGAUGACGCGCGUGCGGUCACCUGUGGUAAUCCGAGCGCAAUGGGAAGUCGUCAUCCGCUCUGCCGCCCUCGGGCUGAUCGUUGCUGCAACAUUUGUCGCUAUCUUUGUCGGUGUCAUUCCAUGA